CCACAUGGCAGAUUGUAAUUGGUGAAAUAAAAAAAUUGCAGAAAAAAAGGGGUAACAGCUCAAAAACAUGCAACAUCUCAUUACAAAAGGGCCAUGGUUGCAUCAGUUUCUUAGUCAAUGUAGCCGUUAACACAACACAACACAACACAAUUAUUAACCUCAAACCUUAACAAAACAUUUCCCUCAUCAACAAGGAACCACUCUCUGUCUCUCUCUGUUUCUCUCUCUCUCUCUUUCAUUCUUUCUAUAAUUCCUCUGUUUUGUUUUCAUCACAACGCUCCUUCUCUGUCACCCGUUAUAUUUGCUGCAAUGAAUACGCUCCUUCCCCAAACUCAUCUUUCCGCUCCAAUGAAUUCAAAAUCCAAACUUUGGACAAACCCAACUUCAACAUCAACCAGCUGUAGCAGUAGCAGCAGCAGCAGCAGCAUCAGCAGCGAGAACGAUGACAGCCCCUUUUGUUCCCAACGCAUACCCAUCGUUGUUUCUGCCUUCUUCAAUUCUCACCGAUCGCUCGCUGUUCUCUCCGGACACGUGGGUUCCGUUUCAUGCUUGGCCCUGUGCGGUGAGUUCAUCCUGAGUGCCUCUCAGGGUAAGGAUAUCAUAGUCUGGCAGCAACCGGACUUGAGGGUCUUUGCAAAGUUCGGACAAGGAGAGGGGUCGGUGAAAGCACUUGCAACGGUUGGCAACAAGGUUUUCACCGCACAUCAAGAUAGCAGGAUCAGAGUUUGGAAGGUGUCAAGAAGCUCGGAGAACGUGUUCAAGUUUGUCGAUUCUCUUCCCACGACCAAGGACUAUCUGGGGAAGUUCAUGAAGCAGAGCAACUAUGUCCAAACCCGGAGGCACCACAAGCGUUUGUGGAUUGAGCAUGCGGAUAGCAUUUCUUGCUUGACGGUUUAUAACGGGUUGAUUUAUUCUGGUUCGUGGGAUAAGACUCUGAAGGUGUGGAAGCUCUCGGAUUUGAAGUGUUUGGAGUCGAUUAAGGCUCAUGAUGAUGCAAUCAAUGGGCUGGUGGCGUGUAAAGGGGUGGUGUAUUCUGCUUCUGCUGAUGGAAAGAUUAAAGCUUGGGGGAGAAAAGAGGGAAAGGGGGAGCAUUGCUUGAAGGGGGUUUUGGAGGGUCAUAAGGAUGUUUCGUUUAAUUCUAUUGUUGUUUCUGAGGAUGGGAAAUGGGUUUAUGGAGGAGGAUCCGAUGGGUUUGUGAUGGGGUGGGAGGGGAGUGGAUGUUUUGAGAGUUGGAAGCUGGUUUCUGAGACCAAGGCACAUGAGAUGGCUGUGUUGUGCAUGUGUCUGAUGGGGGAGUUUUUGUGCAGUGGAUCAGCAGAUAAAAGCAUAGGGAUUUGGAGAAGAGAGGCUUUUGGUAAGCUUUGUAAAGUUGGUGUCAUAAAUGGCCAUGAAGGGCCUGUGAAGUGUUUGCAAGCUUCAUCAUCUAGUAGGAUUGGUGGUGGUUUUUUAUUGUACAGCGGAAGCCUUGACAGAAGUGUGAGAGUUUGGUGGGUUCCAAGGUAUAAUGAUGCAGAAGUAGAGGAUAAUAGCUCUACACAAUUUGGCACAGAGAAUAAGUCCAUGCUAGCAUAA